AUGAAUAGAAUAUUUGGAUCGAAAACGACGGCUCCAAAGCCGUCGUUGAUGGAUGCCGUCAACAGUAUUGACAAUCGAGUAGCGACGCUGGACGUCAAGUUGGCCAAGUUGAAUGCUGAACUGAGUACUUAUCAGCAGAAGAUGUCGCGAAUGCGAGAUGGACCAGGAAAAAACGCUUUGAAACAAAAAGCACUCAAGAUCUUGAAACAGAGACGACAAGUUGAAUCACAAAAGGACCAAUUGCAGUCUCAGAGUUGGAACAUGGAGCAAGCAGCCAUGACAUCGGAGAAUCUACGAAAUACUAUGGCUACAGUGGAUGCUAUGAAAACUGCCAAUAAGGAGCUCAAGAGACAAUAUGGCAAGAUCAAUAUCGAUAAAAUCGAGUCACUACAAGACGAGAUGGCGGAUCUGCUAGAAGUUUCUGAAGAGCUACAGUCGACCAUGUCACGUAACUAUGCAGUACCGGACGACAUUGACGAAGCUGAGUUAGAUGCUGAACUUGAAGCACUGGGUGAAGAAAUGGAAUUUGAGCAGCUCAACGAGCCAACAGCCGAAGGAACUCCUAGUUAUCUAACUGAAGAUUCGAGUCUACCAACGUUUGUUGACGAACCUGUGGAGCACGACAAACAGGAAGUGGCUGCUUCCUAA